GAUUGGUUCUUUGUGUGUUCCACAGGAAGACUGCUCCCUGACCCACCUGAGUCUUGCAGGAAAUCAACUGAUGGACGGCAGAGUGGCUACCCUCGCCAGUUUGGGAAAUGCAUUGCAAUGCCAAGAGGUUGACCUUGAUGACCAGGAAGUAGUGGAAGCACAGCCGGAGAAGCGCAUGGAGCAACAGCUAAAGGCAACCUGCUGGGUGUGUGAGUGGGCACUGAAAAAAGUGAAGAAAUCCAUCUCCACUUCCUCUAGCCAGGAGGAGAUAAAGCAGAAGCUAUUGUCCAUUUGCGAUAAAAUCCCUUUCGUAAAAUCUAUGUGUAAACACCUGGUGAAGAAACACUUGUGGGUGCUGAUUGAGGAGCUUAGCACAAGCGAUGACGUGAGGACCAUCUGUGUUAACAUUAAGGCCUGCAAACCAAAGGAAGUUUUGGACCUGAGCUACUGACCAAGCAGCCAGUAUCCAGAUUCCAAAGUGAGAAGAUGGAUGUUCAGGUGUCAAGACAAUGCUAUGCUGCCAGCCUCUUGCUCUUUCUUUUUCAAACUAGUCACAACACAAACAUAUAAAUGGAUGAUGAAGUUAUUGGAAUGAAUAGGUUCUGAAAUAAUGUUUUGGGAACAUGUAUUAUAAUAAAGCAAUAAGGCCAGAAGGGGUGUUGGUAUAUGGCCAAUUUACCAUGGCUAUGGGCUGUUCUUAUUCACCAUGCAAUGGGGAUUGCCUGGAUACAACCCUUAGCUGUGGUAUAAUGGCCCUAUAACACACACCCCAGAGGUGCCUUGUUGCUAUUAUAAACAGGUUACCAAUGUAAUUAGAAAAGUAUGUAAUUUGAUUUGCGUCAUAUCCGUGGUAUAUUGUCUCAUAUACCAUGGCUUUCAGCCAAACAACAUCCAGGACUCAAAUGAUCCGGUUUAUAAUAGUGUAGGAAUCAGUCUAAAACUGCAGUACAUUUUGUAUCAUCUACAAAUGUAAAUCUUUUGCUAUUUUAGUCCAAAAUGUUGAACAUUUUUAAUGUUUGUUUGAACUUUUUGUCUGGGCAAAAAAUAAACCUCAAUUGAUAGUACAACUACAA